CGUCAAUCAACCGUUCGACGUCUACUAUCAUCCUCACACAGACAUAUGCCUCGCGUGCAGCCUCGAAAGAGAGAUUUAAGAGAGCUUCUAACCUUACACUCUGUACAGACAAGAUCACGACGAAGAUGAAGAAAAUCAUACCUCGCGUUAUUUCGCUCGCAUGAGCGCAGGUCUUCACGCACUCUCCAUCAUAUUAUCAACUCACUCCCGAGGCCCUUACAAUCAGUGGCAAAAAUGCACCGAGUUUUUUGAAAUUUCGAUGUGCUGGCCAGAUCGAGACUUUCGCCAUGAGUAUCGUGUCAGCCGCCCUACAUUUGACCGCUUGGUGCGCCUUUUAGAGCGGAAUCCCAUCUUCGAGUCCACUGGAAAGAAGCCGCAGCGUCCCGUGCGCUAUCAACUGGCGUGCUUUCUUCUGCGUUAUGGAACUCGUGGCGCUGACUCCAUGCAAGCUGUGCACAAGCUCGGAAUUGGUUUUGGUACUGUUUUCAUGUACUGCAAACGUGUCGUGUGUGCGCUGCGGGAGCUGGGUUUGGAUGUUGUGACAUGGGGAAAUGAUGACCGUCUACAACAAGUUGCGACACAUGUCAUGGGCCGGUCUGGCAUUCCAGACUGUGUUGGCAUGCUAGACGGCUCCCUCGUACGUCUCACUGAAAUGCCAGAACGUAAUGGGUUUUCUUUUAUAUGCCGAAAAAAAUACCCUGCUAUCAAUAUUCAAGCCAUCGUCGAUCACGAAACGUGGUUCACUGGGAUCGAGCUUGGCUGGCCCAGAUCAGUAUCAGAUGUCACAAUGUGGAAGAAGUCCCACAUUUGGUGGCAUCGACAUGAAUACCUUCGCGAUGCCAGAGGUCAAUGGCCAGCCACCUGCGGAAAAACAACGCCGCCGCAAAUUUAAUAAACGUCUAUCGUCGCAACGGAUUACCGUGGAGCACGCAUUUGGUAUGCUGAAGGGCCAUUUUCCGAGCUUGAGGGACCUGCCACCGGAGCAAGACAUUCGCGACACCUACCGCACAGUCGAAGCAUUAUUUGUGCUACACAAUCUGUGCAUAGACAUGGGUGACUGUCCAGAGUAUAUUCCAUUCUUUGAUAGCAGGGAUCCUGACCGUGAUGACGAGAAUGAUGAUGGUACAAAUGAUGUUGAUGUCGCGGGCUAUGGUGGACUUGUUGAGGGUGUCGAAGUUGAACUUCCUGCCUGGGAAACGGAUG